CUGCUAUGCUGGAGAAGUUCUGAGGUUGUUAGGGAAUUCUAUUGCAUUUGCAUUUGGAUUUCUGUGCUGGGUGAUUGUUCCAAUUCACAUUUGUUACAGAUUGCAGCAGCCUGAGUUCCUUAUCAGCGUGACCUGCAGAGAGCUGCAGGCUGAAACAGAGCAUCAUGAAGAUGAAGGUGCCAGAAAGAUUUGAAGAUGUUGCCAUUGAGUUCUCAAGUGAAGAAUGGAGGAUGCUGAGUAAAGAGGAGAAAGUGUUGUACAAAGAAGUGAUGGUAGAGAACUUUGAGAACAUGGUUUCUCUAGGGUACAACAUCCCAGUGGAACAACUUUGUUUACUUAUUGAGAAAGAUGAGGCAAUUCCACCUGGUAAUACAGAACAAGGCAGGAUGGUGCAAAGGGACAUCUCUGACAACCUGUAUGACAUCAGUCGGAAUGCAGAUUUAAGUGAGAUUCAGAGUCCUCAGACAUCCCAUAGGAAAUAUCUUAAUUCUGAAUGUGAGAAGGCUUUGCCAGAUGAGGUGUCGCUCACAGGAUAUGACCUGCCACAGACUGAAAGGAAGCAUUUUAAUUAUAUGGAAUUUAACAAAGGUUGUAACACAAAAACUGAAUUGGACAUACCUCUGGGAAUUCAUGAAGCGGAAGGGCCAUGCAGUCGGUCUAACUGCAGCAAUGGAUUUACAUUUUAUAACAAGAGCUCAACUGGUCAUUUAAUUCACAAAAAGAAAACACUAAAGAAUGCAGUCACAAAACAUAACAAGAUAUCCAGUUAUGAGUCUGCAAUUCAUGGCAAUGGUUCUAUAAAGAAAAGCAGUUUAACGGGGAAUCAGAUUACUCAUGCUAGACAAAAACAUGCACAGAAGUGUAAAAUGUACACCGAUCCAAAACCCUUUCAUUGUGCCACAUGUAGUAAAGGAGUUAAAUCUAAGAGUAAUUUAGUAGUGCAUCAGAGAAUUCACACUGGCCAGAACUCAUAUACAUGUGCCACUUGUGGUAAGCAUUUUAAAAAGAAGUUCACUGUGGAAAACUGUCAGGUAGUUCUUACAAGCCAGAAGCCUUAUAAAUGUGCCAUAUGUGAUGUGGGUUUCAUAUACAAAACUAGUUUGGUACAGCAUGAAGUUAUGUGCACUGGGCAGAAACCUUACAGUUGUGACCAAUGUGACAAGACCUUUAGUUACAAGAGUAGCCUUUUUACUCAUCGGCAGGUCCACACGGGCCAGAAACCCCAUCAAUGUUCAGUGUGUCCCAAGAGUUUUGCACGGAAGUGUCAUAUGUUAAUGCACCAGUUAGUGCACAGUGGGCAGAAACCCUUUAUGUGUACCAUAUGUAACAAGGGGUUUAAAUAUAAGAACAGUUUAGUAAUGCACGAGAGGUCCCACUCUGGUCAGAAACCCUAUAAAUGUGCAACUUGUGGCAAAAGUUUUGCACGUAAAAGUAACUUGAUAGAACAUCAGUAUACCCAUUCUGGGCUGAAGCCCUUUAAAUGUACUCUUUGUGAAAAGAGUUUUAUAAAGAAAAUAUCUAUGUUAAAACAUAAUUUAGUCCACUCUGGGCAGUGGCCAUAUAAAUGUACUACAUGUGACAGGGGGUUUAUAGAUAAGACUGAUUGGGCAGCACAUCAGAGAGGUCACGCUGGUCAAAAGACUUAUAAAUGUGCUACAUGUGACAAAGGGUUUACAAGUAAAAUAAGCUGGGCUGUACAUAAACGCAUUCACAGUAAGCAGAUGCCGUAUAAAUGUAUCAUAUGCAACAAAGCUUUUAUGUAUAAGAGACGUUUGGUAGCUCAUGAGAGUAUCCAUACAGGACGGAAGCCCUAUAAUUGUGCUACAUGUGACAAGAGUUUUUUGUACAAGACAAGUUUUGUAUCGCAUCAGAUUAUCCACAGUGGACAAAAAAAACCUUAUAAAUGUGCUAUAUGUGACAAGAGCUUUCUGCAAAAGAGAAGCUUGAUCGCACAUGAGACCCUUCACACAGGGAAGAAGCCCUAUAGAUGUUCCACGUGUGACAGGGGCUUUAUAUAUAAGAGUAGUAUGGAAGCACAUGAGAGUGUCCACAUCGGACACAAGCCAUAUAAAUGUAUCACAUGUGACAAGGGAUUUACAUAUAAGAGUAGCUUGAAGCAACAUCAAAAUAUUCAUAGUAAGCAGCAACCAUAUAAAUGUUCCACAUGUGGCAAGGGUUUUGUGAAGAAGAGCAAUAUGGUACAUCAUCAAAUUGUUCAUACUGGAGAGAAACCCCAUAGGUGUGCCACAUGUGGCAAGGAUUUUACUUCGAAGCACAAUUUGGUAGAACAUGAGAUUAUUCACACUGGACAGGCACCAUAUAAAUGUACUAUUUGUGACAAGGGUUUUACAUAUAAGAGUAAUUUGGUACGACAUCAAAAUAUUCAUUCUAAUCAGCAACCAUAUAAAUGCACGUCUUGUAACAAAGGUUUUACACGUAAAGGUAAUUUGGCAAAUCAUCAACGCAUUCACGCUAAGCAGUAAUCUUGUAAAUGCUGUACAUGCAGAAAUGUUUUAUAAGUGACAGUAGUUUGACAGCACGUCAUUUUCCAGAUUGAACAGGCACGGUCCUUUAGAUAAAAUUUGGUUAUGGCAGUGUAACAGAAAAGUACUAUAAAAGUAUCAUACGUAACCAAGGAUCUUUUUUACUAAACAAUGCCAUAGUUGAGAAGUAUAAAAAGUGCUGAACCUUGGUAUUGUGUGUAUAGAUUACAUGAAGGUAUGUGACAGCAUUCCUCACUUCUGGAUUGUAGAAUGAAGUUGUCUGCAGCCGUCACUGAAGUAGACCUUCUUGUCUGGCAGUAAGGAUCUAGGAUUAAGGCUCUGAGCUAUUAAAGAGCUGCUUCUGAUAGUCGGUGUACAGUCUCUGUACAGUAAUUGUACCUUCCACCUUGAUGUUCAUCGUGUUACCCUGCUGCAGUCAUCACACUUGGGUUAUCCUGUCGU